GGUUAGAGAUACGGUUUUGUAAAAAUCCGAGUAAAAAUGCGAAAUUCUGAACAUUUUUGAACCAUUUCCUGUGCGAUAAUAAGCACAACAUCAAGUCGCAUCAAGUUGCAACUCCCGCAUCAAGUUGCAACUCCCGCAUCAAGUUGCAACGUCGAUCGCGUUGGAAAAGUAGGCUGGAAAAGUACAGAAAACUUGGAGAACCGCUACCAACGCUGCAGUGCGAAAAGAUCCAUUAAAGACGGGACGCAACCACGAAAAAAGGAUUCUACCUUUUAGUAAAGGGAGAGGUUGCUCCGGCAUUCAAUUAACCAGCUCACGAUCGACUAUAGAGAGUGCAGAAACCAGAAAUCAGAACGUCCGCAUCAUCCGUAUCACAACAACCGCAAUUAAGCCUGCAUUUGCCGCUGCAUCCGUGUUCCGCCCGUGUACCUGUUCCUUCCCGCUUCCAACGAUCUCCGUGCCGGUUAUCCUUGCGGUUUACGCCUUGUCCCUGCCUGCCGCAGCCUCCCCACGGUAGCUGUAGAUCGUGUUUCUCGGUAUCGCGCGAUGCUCUCUGGCCAACGAUGAAUGAGCCGUCUACAUCUCAACUGCAGCAGCCGCGGUUGACCGAGAAUGAUCAACUGUUCGAGGAACUGCACGGACACAUCGUGUACGUGGGAAACCUGCCCAAGAGUACGCUCCUGACGGAGCUGAUUGAACUGUUCAAAUUUGCCGGCCGCAUCGAACGCGUCGCCUGGUACGGUGAGCAUCGCACGGACAUCAACACGAAGAUCGCCUUUAUUCGUUUCCGGACCGCACGACACGCAAAGGAGGCCGCGAAAUGGGAUCGAGUGCGUUACUUCGACUCGGUCCUCAUCGUGAUGCAGAUAUUCAAGGACCAGUGGUUCGACAUGAGCGUUUCCAUCAUCGUACGAAACAUCCGGGAUGAUACAACGGACUGGCAGCUUUACGAAGCGUUCCGUAGGUUUGGCAAGAUCUACGGAAUAUUAAUACCGACGCACGGUACUGCUUACGUAGGCUUUUACUACGAGGAGGAAACUCAGCGCGCGCUCGAGAUGGACAACAAUAUGUUCAAUGGAAACCGGAUGCGGGUAGCGAUGCUGCGUCGGAAUCUGCCGCUACAGCAGAUCGACAUCUUCGACACGGCACGCAACGACGUACGGCUGCUACGUGAUAUGCUGCUGGAGGUGGACGAAAAGCUGGAACAGUUUUACUCAGCCUAUGACGAGGCGUUUAACUAUUCCUCCAAAGAAUACCGGCGCUGGAAGCGGAAGCGACGCCGCGUAACGCCGCUCUUAAGCGAAUCCAGUGACACCUCGUCCGAGAGCAGCGCCUCGACGGUGUCGGUCAUUUCGAACCGCAGCGUGACGGACGUGCGGCGUAUUUUGUGCGCUUCGAACGAGGAAAACCGAUGCUUGGGCAUUUUUGGCAUGAGCCCGGAAACGACGGAGAACACACUGAUGAAGCUGUUUUCGCGCUACGGACAGGUGAAGGACAUCAAGCUGAUCUACGACGGCAAAACGAACGUGUCACGCGGAUACUCGUUUAUCUACUUCAAGCAUGCCAGCGAUGCCCGUCGGGCGCAGCGUAAGCUCAACGGUACUAUGCUAGAUGGGCGCAAAGUACGCGUCGACUUUAGCCGCAGCAAACCGCACGAGGCCCGUGCCGAUCGACGCAAACGUUCGCCUCCGCCGGCCGCCUCGACGAGCGUCGAUCACGAUCGUUGUUGCCAUCAUCGACAUGGUGCUGCUCAUCACAAGAAGCGCAAAAAGCGACGCACCCACCACUCGUCGUCUGACUCCGAGUAACGGGCUUAUCGACACCCGUAGUGUCGACGCCCUGUACCCCUCCACAAUCUCCUCCGCAUUCCUGAUCACAACACGGAUCUCGCUCAUUUGUCAUCGAUGGCGGAAGAACGCGGAGCUUUACAUCAUAGUGCACACCCUGACCUUAACUGAAUAGUGGAGGGAAAAUGAUAUCAAAUUCGCGGUUCUUCGGUUUGCUUCUCGUCGGUCGUUGUUUUGUUUUUUUUUUCAUUUUCUUCUCUUUAUUUUAGGACAACAGUUUAGUGGCCCCCUCGAUCUUUCAUUUAUGAAUAUUUGUUCAGUACUUGCGAUUACAAAUGAACGACCAGAUGAACGAAACAACUCAACAUUGUUUACCGAUAGAACAGCGCAUCGUCGUUUUGGUAAUUAUGAUUAGCGACACGAAGAAACCAGACAGACAACACACCGCGUCCCAUAGCAAACUCAGUUUGGUUUGUUACAGGAGCUUAUACGUAGAUUUCUUUUUUAUUACUUUAUUUGUUCUCUUUCUAUCUUUCCACAAGAAUCGUGACAUUUAGUCGGUGAGUUUGGACUUUGAAUUUAAUGUUUAAGAAGAUACGAACGUUACGAGAGGAAAACGCAGGGAUAGGUUUCCUUUUGCCAGCCACCUUGGCGCCUAGUGUACUGUACCGCGUGAUUGUGAUUAGCGGAUCGCAAAAAGCAACAGUGAAGCCGAGUGAAGUGAUCGAAGCCAAGGUCAUCAGGCAGCAUCGAGGACGAAAGUGUGUAGUUGCUGCAUUAGGGUAUGUUCUGGCACGAUCGCUUAGCCCCAAGUGAACGUGAAAAGCACAACGAAGCACCGUAGCACUUCCAGUGACCGGACUACCGUAUCGGUGUUAUCCAGAAGAGCGUUUUCUUCCGGGUUGCUUUGUAUAAAGUCAGAGAGGUAAGAAGGGAACUGAUUACGGCAAAGGACACAGCAAGAAAUGAAAAAGGAGGUAGCUUUUAAGAAUUAAUUAGUGGAUGUCAGAUCAUCGUCAGAGGAUGGUCAUCUUGCAGAGAAGUAAAAGAGACCAAGAGUUCGAAAACCAACAACACUGGUAACAGAUUUACAUUUAAAAAAAAAUGCGAAACAGGAAAAGUUGUUAUGUACAUAACGAUUGUUGGAACGCGAAACUCCCCGAUAGAGAGAAAGAGAAUGAGAUAGAUAUAGAGAGACAGAAAGAUCAGAUCAGAUGCCAAAAGAUGGGCAUCUCGAUCACCACCGUACAGCCAUCGCUGAUGAGGAUAGGAGUAGUUCGAUGAAAAAUUAAAAAAAAUAGGAACCAGCACCUCCAAUUCCAUGCAGGUUAUAACUCAGCAUCAGCGGCAAUAGGAACAGCAUCGUUGAUGAUAGAGCACGCAGCGAUCGUAAGGGGUAAUCAAGCAACUUUAACAAUCGAUAAGUAAUACAGUAGCUGUUGCAGAUGCGCUGCAACCGUCCGUUCGAUCGAUGUGAGUGUACCUGUGCAUUCGUGCGUUGAGUGUGCGUUGUUCCAUUUUCCCCGUUCCUCCUGCGGAGGAGCCGUCUGUGGCUACCCCAACUUCAAACACUCUCAAUCACUCGAGUCAACCGCUGCCGACAGUGUCUCAAGUUCAUCUUCAACCUGUGUGAUGCUGCACCGCCGGUACUGUGGUAGCGCUGUACGCGGCCAGAUAGUCACUACCGUUGGUAGGGUUGGUGGAAGACACAGCAGCAGCGGCGGCGACAGCGGCCGCAGCAACUGCAGCCCGCUGUAGCGAUGAAUGAUGCAGAUGGUGCACCCCGGACGCUCCCGUAGUAGUGGGCGGUAGUGGUACCGGUGCCGGAGCCACGACCGACGGAUGAUGGCUGUGAUGAUGUUGCUGUGUCGCCUGUGUAGAGGAAGAGGAUGAUGAUGAUGACGACGACGGUGGUGGAGGUGGCGGCGGUGGUGCUUGGUGAUGAAGAUGCGCAUGAUGAUGGUGCGAUUGAUGAUGCUGAUGGUGAUGGUGGUGCUGUUGCUGCUGCUGCUGGUGAUGAUGCUGAUGAUGAUGAUGGUGGUGGUGGUGUGCGGAGUUACUGCUGGCAAGGGAUGGGUAGAGCUCCGGUGAACGGCCAUCGUGUGUCGGUGUGCCGGUCAGUAGCUCCGACAUGAAUCCGAUGUAGGUGAUCGCCAGCCGUAAUGUUUCAAUGCGUGACAAUCGCUUUUCGUACGCAAAUGUCGGCACCUUGCGCCGUAGUUUGUCGAAUGCCUCGUUAAGAUUAAACAUGCGACGUCGUUCGCGAAUGUUGGCCGCUCGCCGCUGUGCCAUCGAAGCAACCCGGCGGCGCGUUUUCUUCGAGGAAGAGCUCUGUGAUGCGGCGUGUGCACCGCGUGGUGACAACCGUUGGCUAACAAAGCUGCCUACCUGCUGUCGAGGCCAAAUUGCUACAAAAAAGAAGUCAGUGCAAACGGGACAAAGAGGGAAACAAAUCAGUCAAUAUCCGAAAAAAAUGCAAUCCUGUAUGCAAAAUUCAGUCAAAUUCAUUCAAAUUCAGCAGCCAACCUUCCAACCUCUGAAAUCGUUCAACAGCUCUUACACCUGAUUCACUCAAAAAGCUUCGUUCUUAAGUACACACGCGAUCAGUGACAACUCAAUAACUCAACUUCAAUUUAGUCAAUCACACUGUUCAUCAGACAGCCAACAAACCAUGACCAGCAUAACGGCAGCGGCGGCGGCGGCGGCUCCACGAUCACGGCACUCAAUGCAACAUCAACUUUCAAUAUGCCGCGAUGGUGUGAACGAGCUGAUAAGACGUGUUUUUGUCGAUCCUCGAAUCGGUACAAAGAAGAUCAAGAAUGUAAGCGUCGUAAAUGUAGAUAAAAUGUUCGCAAAUCUGAUUAAACGUCAUCUCUGAACAGUAGCACGUGUGUUGUGUGAGUUUCUAUCCGGAAGCUGCCGAAUGGCGUGUCUAUCGUCUUCAACAUGCCCACCUCUCAAAACUCAAUCAAUAUCCUGCACGGCAACCCAUUUCAAAUUCAAAAUUUUAUCAUCUUAAGCUCAACAACCAACAGCUUUUGUUUUCGUUUCAAGAAGAAUCGGCCAUUUGCUUGAUCAAGUAUCGUAAUCUACAAUCACAGACGCUUCUUAAUUGCUAUGCCUCAAUCACACCCUUGCAUCCGAAAUGAAU